CUAUCUACAUCAUCAUCAUCAUCAUCAUCACCCAUCUCUCUCCAUCACUCUCUCCAUCACUCACUGGUCUUCUUCAAUUCUCUCGAUCUCUAGAGACCUAAUCCCGAGCUGAUAAUACGAUUCUCCACAUGGCUACUGUACUUGAAUCCCUCACCGCUCCUUCUCGCUCUUCUGCUGUCUUGCCUAAACCUACUACUACGCUUGUCACUGCUUUUGCUUCAACUAUUAAUCGGAGAUCGCUUCGCUUCCCACAACUCAAAGGCCUUAAGAUUCACUUUCAUUCUUCAUCGACUGUAAAUCGCUCUCUCGGAUCGGUGAGUCAGAGUAGUUCUAGACUCGCUUGUGCUGGAAGGAUCGUUUGUGAAGCGCAGGACAUUGCUGUUAAAGUGCCCGCUGUUACUGAUGCAACAUGGAAGUCACUUGUGCUGGAAUCGGAAUCCCCUGUUCUGGUUGAAUUCUGGGCUCCAUGGUGUGGUCCGUGCCGGAUGAUUCACCCUGUAAUUGAUGAACUGGCAAAUCAAUAUGCUGGAAAGCUCAAGUGCUACAAGCUUAACACUGACGACUGUUCUUCAAUUGCAACUGAGUAUGGGAUUCGAAGCAUUCCCACUGUUAUCAUCUUUAAAAAUGGUGAGAAGAAAGAGGCCAUUAUUGGUGCUGUUCCCAAAACUACCUUAACCACCAGUAUCGAGAAAUUCUUGUAAUGCAGGUGGUAAGUCACAGAAGCAGCAUUUAUAUAUAUUAUCUGCCCUUGUAUAGUUAUCAGAUGCAGCUGUAUUUUCUGUUUUCUCUAGAUAAUCUCGGUAACCAUAUGUGUCUUGUCUAGUUGAAUGCCUGUUUAGUAGCUUCUUUUUGCACAAUGUAGAUUAAUCUGCAAAUUAUUGGCUUAUCCUUCUUUACAUGCCUCAUGAAGUUGGUUCAGCUAAUCAAUAAUUGACACAAGCCUUUCAGUC